AUUUGUGUACGCCGUAAAAUACAUGUAAAGUUUGUGCGAGUGCUUUGUCCAAACUACCGAUACCGUUGCAGCGUUGAAAGUGUGCCUAGUCGCAAAAAUUGUAAAUGUGUUACAAAAAAUACGCGUAUGAGGUUAUGAUAGUAAGAUCGUUGGAUCGUUUGAAUUCCAUCACGAUGUUAUUAAACACGUAAUGAAAAGGUGUAUUGGAUAGAAAACGGUGUUGACGUGCGUGAAUGAGGGAAUAGUUGACAACGUGCGCAAACGAGAUUGCCGGUUUCUAUUAAAAAGAUUCGAGGGAGCUCUUUGGAGAGCAAACGCUCGAAAUGGUUUUCGAGUCGAUCGUUGCGGAACUUCUAAACAAGGUUUUGGGAGAAUAUAUCCAAAAUCUUGAUUGUACCCAGCUGAAACUAAGCUUAUGGGGAGGCGAUGUCGUUCUGAGGGAUUUAUUGAUAAGCGAGCAUGCCCUGGAUGUGCUCGACUUGCCGAUAAAAUUAGAAUAUGGCCGACUGGGAAAAUUAAUUCUGAAGAUUCCUUUCAAGGAUAUGUGGAAUGGCCAAAUAGACGCAAUUGUCGAAGAGCUUUUCAUAUUAGUGGUCCCUACUAAUCAGGUUCAAUAUGACCCGGAAAAAGAAUCUAAAGCAGAGCUCGAGGCGAAAAGAGCAGAGAUCGCAAGGGUCGAAAAAAAUAAGCAGUUGGCAGCGAUGAAACCUCACGAGGAAUUGGAUGAUUCCAUGGUGGAAAAGCUCAUUGCCAGGAUGAUUAAAAAUAUUCACGUUGAAAUAAACAGGAUUCACGUGAGAUACGAAGACCACGUGACUUUUAAAGAUCAUCCGUUUUCUGUCGGAUUCACCUUGAAUCGAUUCGCUCUUGAGAGCUGCACCGACGCUUGGACAACUACGGGCAAUCUCAAGGACAUGCACGCCAUUCAACAGAUUUUCAAACUAUGCACAAUGGAUGGAUUCGCAGUUUAUCUCAAUACAGAUAUUAUGCAGUUCAGCAAACAACCAACAACGGAUUAUCUACGCUUGUUUGCGGAUGGUAUUGCUACUAUGGAUCAUGUACCUGAGGGUUAUCAGUACAUGCUGGGCCCGAUAAACGUGAAAGCGAAACUAAAGUUGAAUCCGAAGCCCGAAACGGAUGGAAGUAAUUACACAAUUCCCAAAGUAUGGCUGGAUUUGGAAAUGCAGAAAUUGCGCAUAGGACUUGCAAAGCGUCAGUACCAAACACUGUUGCAAAUGGGCGAAGGUCUCGAUCAAGCGAAAAAAGCCGCACCGUACAGGAAAUAUAGACCGAAAUUAACAUCUUACAGGGGCCACUACAAGGAAUGGUGGCGUUUCGCUUAUAUUUGUGUUUUGGAAGAGACCGUCAGGCGGUGUAGGCGAAAUUGGGAUUGGAAUCACAUGAAAUGCCACAGAGAUACUUGUCGUGAGUAUGCAAAAACAUACCAGACGAAACUGACGGCGAAAAAAGCGAUGCCGGAAACGGAAGAAAAAUUAACCGAGUGUGAAAGAAAAUUGGAUAUUUUCAAUUUGGUCAGAAUUAGACAACAGAUCGAGAUGGAGGUUGAACGUUUAGCGGAAAAGGAAAAAAACUUGAAAGCAAAGAGGGGUUGGUUCGGAUUUUUGUGGGGCUCGCCAAAAGAAGACGACGUCGAAGAUCUCAAUUCAGCGGCAGCGAUAAUGCGUAAAUUUGAGGAAGCUAUGACUCCGUCGGAAAAAGAAAAGCUUUAUCGUGCUAUCGAUUAUCAGGAGAAUUCCGCACCCGCCCAUUAUCCUGAAACGUUUGAAAUGGUUGACACGAGAUUUUAUUUACACGGUUUACAGAUAAUCGUUUCCGACAACGAGAAAGAAACACCGGAAGUUUUAGAUUUGCAAUUGAACGGUGUUAAAGCUGGUUUCAAAAUGAGACCAACCUCCAACGGUAUUUUUGUUACCGCAUCAAUCACCGAUAUGAAACUAUUUGGUGUAAAACAAGCUGAUUAUGUACCGUCGCUCUUCAAUUCGAUCGAGAACAACUCCAAUGAUGUUCUGUUGGCCGUGUCAUACGAGAAAAAUCCCCUGGACAAACUUUGUGGCGAUCGUAUCAUAGUCAAAUCGAAAUCUGUCCACAUCGUGUACGAUGCACAAACUAUAAUCGAACUCGUGAAGUUAUUAAAAGUUCAGAAUCAAUCGACUCUCAAUCAAAUCCAAGCUGCCGCUGCUGAACGACUCGAAGGUUUUAAAGAAAUGUCCGCCUUGGGUCUCGAGUACGCGAUACAAAAACACUCUGUUCUGGACAUUCAAGUCGAUAUGGAAGCCUCACAACUGUUGCUACCUCACGGGGGAUUGUACAAUGGAACAGAAUCGUUGAUCGUCAUUAAUUUAGGUAGCUUGAAGAUUCACUCAUUGGAAAAGCCUAAAAGUGACAUGGCUUCAGCUACUGUUAAGCAGCUCGUGAGCAUGGGAAGAAGCGAGGAGGAUAUUCUCAUGCAUUUGCGACAGCACAGUUACGAUCAGUUCGCUCUGAAAAUCGUGAAUUUCCAAAUAUUGGUGGCAUCGUCCAGCGAAGAUUGGCGGGGUGCUAUUUCAACUGUUGAACAAGCGAUGACGAUACUCCAACCGACUACUUUGGAAGUUCAAUUCCACAAAUGUCUCGUGACUGACGAUCCCUUGUUACCGAAAAUGCGAAUCAUCGGACAUUUGCCCUCCCUCGCCUUGAAUAUAGCCGAUGCUCGGUUGCUAAAAACCAUUGCAAUCGUUCAAAGUAUACCGCUUCCGGAAGACGAAAAUGCUCAGUUGGAGCGUAUGCCCCUCGCAAAGUCAGUUUCACAGUUGUCAUUGUUCAAGGAAUUGACGACUGUACCGAACGACAAAAAAAAGAGUCCGCCGCCAGCGGUUAAACAAACUACAGAUCUCGAAGCGAAAUUUGUAAUGAAAGAAUUCACGUUAACUUUGUUGAAACAGGAAAAUGAAGAAGUUACACCUUUCGUAAGACUAGAGGUCCUUCAGGUCGAAGCUGAAAUGUUACAACGAACGUUCGAUCAAGAAAUAAUGUUGAGACUCGGAGGUGUUCAAGUUAAGCAGUACCACGAAAAGGGACAAGUUUUUCUCAUCAAUACGCCGAUGACAUCUGGAAGUGAAGAAUACCUGAUCGUUGUUCAAUACGUCAACGUGAACAAACACUCCCCCGAAUUCACGACCCGUCACGGAUCGGUUGUCAAAUUAUUGAAUCUUGAAUUCACUAAAUUGGACGUUCUUCUGCAUCAAGAAGUCAUUGUGAAUUCUCUCAAGUUCUUGUCAAAUAUCCAAGACAAGAUGAGUGCUGCGAGUACGAUUCCACUGCAGGAAAAUGGCGAUCGCAUUGCAACCACUCGAUUGCCUCCGUUGGCGACCAUACAAGAAGAUACGUCUUUCUUUAUUAAGGAUCAGCUCCAAAAACAAAAGGCCAAGCCCUCAACACCUCGACGCAAAAAAACUAUCGUCGAAUGUAUCGACUUGAAAAUUAAAGCUAAAAUCGCGUCAAUUAACAUUCGAAUGGCUAGCGACUUUCGUGAUAUCAGCGCCUUUCAUAUCGAAGGAAUUACCGCUGGUUAUAUUAUGAAAACAUCUUAUUCUCAAGCGAAUGUCAAUUUAGCUUCCGUCAAUAUCAAGGAUUUAAAUUCCACGACCAUUUACAAAAAUAUCGUUUCUGUCGAAGGCUCGGAAUCGUUGCAAAUUCAAGCUAUAAUGUAUAAUCUUGAGCCGACGGAUACUGAUAAAAACAACAUGUCCAUCAAAGUUGUCAUGGGAUGCCACAGAGUGGUGUUCCUGAACGCUUUCGUCAUAGGUGUCAUGAAUUUCCUCAACAAUUUUCAAGCUGCCCAACUCGCCAUUAAAGAAGCUUCCGCCGCUGCCGCCGAAGCAGCUAAAACGAAUAUCAAAGAUGUUCAAGAAAGGGCAGCUCGCAUAGAAUUGGCUGUGAAAUUGAAAGCUCCGGUUAUUUACGUACCAAUGAAUUCGAAGAGCGGACAUUGCCUCAUGCUGGACAUGGGUAAUCUCACGAUUUGUAAUAGUUUUAAUAAAUUGGAAGUCACCAACGAAGCCGGUGAUUCUCCGAUCGUUGACGAAAUGAAAAUAGAACUACAGGAUUUAAAAAUGUCGAGAGUUCUUUUGAAUGAAGAAAAUUUCGUUUCGAAGAACGAAGUAUUAUUGCUGCAACCAGUGAGCUUCACUUUGCUCAUGAAACGGAAUUUAUCGACGGCCUGGUUCAAGUCUAUCCCUGAUAUUGACAUGUCAGGCAAACUUAACACGAUUGAAUUGUUGCUGAGUCAAGAGGAUUAUGCGACUAUUCUCAGAGUUUUGGAAGAAAAUUUGGGUGAAGCGAUGGAAGAACCUAAUCAAACGCAAUCGGUGGUCCGGAAUACCAGAAAAACGAUGAUUGAAGAUACUCAAAAAUCUACGACUAAAUUCGAGGUGGAGGUUCUGAAAGAACCAGAAGAAGGCGAUGAUCAAAAUCAGAAACAUAUACACACAGCAAUCAAAUUCGAAUUUAUUAUGGGCAGCUUUGUUAUUAAUUUGUUUACCGGAGGAUCCAAAUUGUUAAGUACGAAAAGUUCUCCGCUGCAUUUACCAGAGAAUGGCCUAGCGAAGUUUGGCUUGACACACUUUGCUGUGAAGGGUCGAAUUUUCGGGGAUGGAUUAUUGGCUACGUCGAUACUAUUAAUGAAUUGUACUUUGGAUGAUACUCGACACAGUCGCCAGGGCUCCCUGGUCAGAAUCAUGGAAAGAACAACCGCUAUACCUACGAUGGAUGUUACGAGCAGCGAAGAAGAUACGAAACCCAUUAGAAGCAUGUUGGAUAUGACGAUUCGAAAAGGGGCGAAUGAUAUGUUCGUUGACCUCCGUGUGUUCUCGUUCAGCAUAAUCGUAUCAGUCGAUUAUUUAUUGAAAAUCAAGGAAUUCUUCAACGUGUCAUCAACAAAUACCACGCAAAAUGCAGUACAGUCAGCACAGAAAGGAAACUUAGAAAUGGGAAGCCGAACGAAAAAAGUUGCUCAACCAGCUGCAAAUGCAUCGAGCAUGCUGACCGUAAAUUUGCACGUGGAGAAGCCGGACAUUAUAUUGCUGGAAGACAUGGAUGACAUCAACUCAAAUUGCAUCGUUCUGAAUACGGAGUUGUUACUGAAAGUUCGUAUGAUUGGCGAGCAUCAGGUUAUCACAGGAUCAGUGAAGGAUUUAUCGAUUUUGACUGGAAUUUACAACCCAACAAAACGCGCGGAUUGGAUAUAUCAAGUUUUGAGACCGUGCAGCAUAAGCAUUGCCGGUUCAACGCCAGAAGGCAAAGGAUUACACGUUGAUGUGUGUUGUACAGAUGUCCACAUUUCCGUAUCACCUGGCGUUAUUGAAAUCUUGAACAAAGUUUUACAAAAAAUAAGCACCAAAGAAGCAGACGAAGACGAAAUUGUUAAAUCUGAACCUACUCAUGAGGGUCUCUGGCUUGUUACUCCUUACGAGGAGAGUGAAUAUUGGUUCCUGAAGACCGAGGUUGGAGUUGAAGCUUUGGAAGAUUAUUUGUACGAUAACUCCGAGGAUGCUGUUCUGUACAAACCAGAAUUGGCCAUUGUGUCCGCUCCUGUUAUACUUUUGACCCUCGAAGCCGGAGUUGGCAACAAAACACUGCCCAUGCUUCUUUUCCACGUGGGCUUCCAGAGCAAUGUUAAUGAUUGGAGCACCAAAACUAUGUCCGUGGAGUGUACGAUGUCUCUGAUUAUGGCAUACUACAACAGUAGAUUAGCUCUGUGGGAGCCGCUGAUUGAGCCUGUAGAAACUAUUCAAAAUGGUGAGCGCGUUUCCAGCGCAUGGGAACUGAAAACGAAGGUACAAUUUAACGAUUUAGCACCAGAUUCUCGGGGUGCGAGUGCGAUAAGUCCAAGCUGCGAGAGCGAGCCGGACGAACUGAUAAAUCAGUCUUCCAGGAUGUCGAUCGACAUAGUAUCUUCUGAUAAUUUGGAAAUCACUGUGACAAAAACGUGUUUGGACGUUCUCCAACAACUUGGUAAAGCGUUUUCUAGCGCCAUGGAAUCAACAGACAAAACGACGACGCAAAAAGCUGCGCCUUACGUACUGAAGAAUGAGACAGGAUUAGGACUUGUGCUUGAUUUAGAAUCGAGUAAUUUUAAAGUGAUCGGAGAUCGAUCGGAAACCACGGGUGAUUCUGCAGAGGAAACCCCUCAUCCAUAUUCAGAGGUGAUGUUGGAGUCUGGCGCAUCCGUCGAAUUAGCACCAAAAGUCGUCAAAGUUGACACCCAAAUUCUGGAUCAAUUGAAAGUCGUUUCGGUUAAGGACAAAGGGCAAAAUAAAUUCUUCGUCACGUUUAAGGGGAUAUCCAGCAAAUUAGAAAUACCAGUGUUGCGGGCGGACAAGAGGUUCUUUUCAUUGAAGUAUCGAAAAGAAGGUUCAGAAGAAUGGGGUGUCAUUUCGGACGUUAUCGUUGAAAACGGCAGCACGAUCGUGACUUUGAGAAGCGUUCUUCAGGUCCACAAUCAUUUUUCCGAGCCGGUAUCAGUGUAUUACAUGACAAAACGCGGCAACGAAGUCGAAUGCGUUGGCACUGUUGGCCCAGAUGAGCGUCUCAAUCUUCCCUUGGAUGCGGUCUAUACACCGAUGAAUAUUUAUUGGUUAUUCUUCAGUAUUAAUGGGUACAUGGUAUCGAUCGAACCGUUUAUCUGGAAAGAUCUUCAAAAGACCGUGUCGAUGACGAAGCUCCUGAAAUGCGAAUCCAGAUCGAAACAAGAGAACAAAGAACCCUUUUAUAUUCAGAUUAUUUUCAUGAUGAUCAUGGUUGGUUGUAUCUUCUAUUAUAACGAACAUAUCGAUUUAUUGUUAAGUACCGUUGACUGGCGAUCCAAAUUAUCUCGAUUUAUUAAUAACAUCACGCCUGUCUGCCUCAGUCCGUUUAAUUCUACACCACCCAAAUAUCUGGAAGCACCUCUUCAGGCUGUUGGCGAAAUCGAACAAGUGUAUUUUGAAAAUACGAGCAGACAUACCAUGGCAAGCACCGUUUACAACAUACACUUGUAUCCAUCGGUAUAUCUGAAAAACUUUUUACCAAUCGACAUAGUAAUUGUUUUACCUGGACAUACGGAAGAAAAGUUAUUGAAAGCCAGCACAAUUCUGCAACUACCGACCAUUGACCCAAUUCAGUCGAGUAUCGUUAUCAAGCUUCCACAAUACUUGGAGAAAGAUUGGUCAUGCAAAGGUGAAAUAUUAGCGAACCCAGCAGAGUUUUCCGUUUGGUCCUUCGAAUCGUUCGACUCUGCCCAAAAAGUUGUAAUGGAUCUUGGAAUGCAUACAGCUCUUGAACAUGGAUCAAUUAUCAUGGCUUUAUAUUGUCCAUUUUGGAUGCUGAACAAGACGGGCUUGAUGCUUUCCUAUCGAAAAUCAAGUAAAGGUGGAAAAGAGCACUCGAGCCCAGUCAAGAGUCUUUUUUGUAAACCGCGUCGACGACAUGGAGAAUUUCAUAAGAAGAAGGCAAAAUCGAGUUCCGAGGAUCAUCUCAAUGUUUUGUAUCACCCGGAAACUUUCAAGGGACCAAUAUUGUUCUCUUUUCGGUCGAAAGCAUUUUUUGGCAAGAAAAAGGCAAUGGUCAGAGUCGAAGAUGGCGAAUGGUCAGAUAAGUUUCCUAUCGAUGUUGCUGGUAGUAAAGGAGUUGUUGUUUGUAAAUACAAUGGUCUUACUUAUCAGAUUGGCGUGCACAAUCAACUUACGUACAACUCGCUGACUAAACAAAUUACGUUUACCCCUUACUUCAUUCUAAUAAACAACGCCGAUUUUCUCAUCGAGUGUCAAGAGGCUCAAAGACCAGCGGAUCCCGUUACUCGAGUGAACCCAGGCGAGUGUGCUGCUCUCUGGCCUCAUUCGGAAGGUGAAAAAAAAAUGUUGCGCGUCAUGGUUGGUGGCCAACCUGAAAAAACUGCCCCGUUCAUUUAUACGGACGUUCACACAACGCUUUUGAAACUCGAUAAUAAGUACGGAGGUAUUAACGUUGAUAUACAAAUAAAUGAAGGCGGAGUUUAUAUCUCGCUGUCGCCGUACGGUCAUGGAAGCUGUCCGGCUUUGAUAAUUAAUCACACUUCUCACACUAUUAAUUUGUGGGAAAAAGGAUCCAUGAAUGUGAGAUCAAUCCAGUCAUUCAACCGUAUGUUCUAUACUUGGGAGAAUCCUUCAGGAACACGAAAGUUAGUGUGGGAGGAUAAUAAUAAAAAAGAAAUCGAAGACGAUUUGCGAAAGGAUAAUCUCGGCACGUUUACCAUGCCGGAUAUUGAAGAAGAGAUAUUCUACGUUUCAUUCCUCGACGGUAUACAGCGAGUUCUUUUAUUCACGACGUCAUUAAAAGUUGCUGAAGAAUGUCAAUUAGCCGGUGAUUUCGAAAUAAUCGAUCAAGAUAUAACAAUGAGUAUCCACGGUGUUGGAGUAUCGCUCGUUAACAAUCUCGCAAGGGUGGAACUCCUGUACAUGUGCAUAGCAAGUUCCGGAAUAAUCUGGGAGAUUCGAAAGUCAAACGGAAGUCGUUGGCGACCAUUGACUACGCGAGAAGUUUGCCUAAUCGAGGAAGCACAUCAAAAGUAUGUGAAGGAACUCCAAGUUGGCAGGGAACCUGCUUAUCGUGUGAUGUUAGAACCAAAAUUGGAGGUUGACUUCGCAGAAUUGAAAAUGUUGAGACCACAUCGCGGAUACUUGAGACGAACUUUCCAAACGGGCCUAUGGCUGCAGUAUCGCACCUCAGCACAUCAAGUACAACUACACGCCAAAAUAAAUCGUCUCCAAAUCGACAAUCAGCUGUCCGAGUGCGUCUUCCCAGUAAUAUUAGCACCAGUUCCACCACCGAAAAGUGUUGUUCAAAGUUCGGUAUUGAAACCAUUCGCCGAACUUAGUAUGGUAAAGCGUUUGCUGGAGCACAGCACCGUGCAACAGUUUCGGUACUUCAAGGUUUUGAUACAAGAAUUCCACAUCAAAGUUGACAUUGGGUUCAUAAAUGCAAUCAUGGGCUUUUUCGAAGCUGAUGAAGCUAGUGAAGCAGAAGAAAGCAAGCUGUUCCAGUUGGAUAUGAAGCUGGUAGACGAGCCACUUUUGUACCACGUUAAUCUUAUCACGACCGCGGAGCAAAAGAACUUUUUCGAUUUGCUGCAUUUCUCGCCACUGAAGAUACACAUAAGUUUUUCGAUGACCGGAAGUGGCGGUGGUCCAUCGGCUGUUCCUCAAGUUCUCAACGUUUUGCUGCAGGGAAUAGGCGUUACGUUGACUGACAUCAACGACAUCGUUUUCAAACUCGCUUAUUUUGAACGAGAUUACAUUUUCAUGACGCACAAGCAACUCAUUUCGGAAGCGUCCAAUCACUAUGUAGGCCAAGCCAUCAAGCAGCUCUACGUCCUCGUACUGGGCUUAGAUGUCAUCGGCGAUCCGUACGGUCUCGUCGUUGGUACUAUGAAAGGAAUAGAAGAUCUCUUUUACGAACCAUUCCAAGGAGCGAUUCAAGGCCCCGGAGAAUUCGCCGAAGGUUUAUUACUAGGUGUACGGAGCAUGCUGGGACACACUGUCGGCGGCAUGGCGGGUGCUGUUUCGAAGAUCACUGGAGCCAUGGGUAAAGGUCUCGCUGCUUUAACCUUUGAUAAGGAAUACCAGCGCAAGAGGCAAGAACAACUCAACAAACAACCUGCUAAUCUUCACGAAGGUCUUGCUCGAAGUGGGAAGGGCUUAGUGAUGGGCGUGUUUGACGGUGUCACAGGUGUGGUAAUGAAACCCAUUUCCGGUGCUAGAGAAGACGGAGUCGAAGGGUUUUUCAAAGGCGUUGGAAAGGGUAUGGUAGGACUCGUGACGCGACCGACAGCGGGGGUUAUCGAUUUUGCCAGUGGAUCAUUCGGAGCGGUGAAGCGCGCGACAGAACUGAGUGAAGAAGUCAAGCGAACCCGACCGCCGAGAUUUCUGCUUCCGGAUAGUCUAAUCAGGCCUUACGUGCGAGAAGAAGCUGAAGGAAACAAAAUUUUAUUCGAAUUGGAAAAAGGGAAAUACGCAAACACGGAUAUUUAUUUCUAUCACAUAUACGUGAACAAAGAUGUAUUGCUGUUGACCGACAAGAGAAUAGCGUAUUUGGAGCGUAACGAAUUAUUCGGGGGCUGGAAAGUUGAUUGGGCAUAUCCAUGGCAAGAAAUCGGCGACUCUCCGAAGCUGGUCGACAGAGGGGUCCAAAUUUUCAUGAAAGCGGGACAGAAGAAAAUGAAACUGGGAAAUUUGUUUGGUGGACCAGACCACAGCAAGAUAAUAUUGAUUCAAGAUUACAACGCAAGACAGGUUUUAUACAAUAAAAUUCAAGAGCAAAUUAAUCAACUCGAGUCGUAAUGGGUUGAUGUAAAGACGCUAAAUAAUUCGUGUUACGAUGUACUUGAAAGCUGCAUCUUGUCAGUCAGAUAGUCGUAUCUGAGCUUACCGCGUAUCCGAAAGCACAGUUUCUCCAAAACUAAAGACUACUUUCCAACAGCGAAGGACUGUCUCACGAAAAGCCACGAGUGGUCAGCGAUAUAAGCUUAGUCAUUAACCAUGAUGCCGAAAUACCAAAAAUACAAUAAUGUAUAACGCGUAAUUAUGGGCACAGAGUAUCAACGUCAACCGACCAACAUCUACGAAUUCGUCGAAAGCCAAUACAACGAUUCGUUCGAAUUACCAUUUAUAAUGUUUUCAACGCACAACAAAAUGCUCACUUUUUUUCUCGUUGAUUCGUGAAACAAUCAAUGUCGAAAACUCUGAGAAACAAGUAUAUAAAUUAAUUAUUUUCUAUUUGCUUUCUACUUUAUUCUUACAUAUUCCACCGACUGCUUACAUGUAAAUAAUGUAUAUGUAUAUUUUUGUUUGACUAUUCAAACUAUUCAAGUUUCGUUCGAGCUCAUCAUAAUCGACCAUAGUUAUUCUAUUUUUCGAAUACCCGAUACUUUUGUUUCUUAUAAAAUAAUCGUAUGUAUGUACUUUUCGACGUUGCUGAGUCCGUGUAGUCUCAGAUUCUCGUCGUCUUUCGUGCGAUACGAGCCUUACGCUUUAUUCGCGCGUUACAAAUAUUGAGCCUAUUACCUGGUGCACGCACUGAAUUUAAUGUUAUUGAACGACUGUAUAGUCCGUUAUUGCUUCAGGUGCCUUUUCAUGGUUUAUAUACAUCAUUAAAUGAUUUAUCGAAAAAUCGUACUUUCUAUUAGAAAGAGUAAAAUGAAAAAAAAAUCUCAUUUGAAAAUUUAUUAAUAAAAAAAAAACACAUUCAAAUAUGA